AAUCCCUUGCGACCUCGUUGUCCACGACCUGGGGAAGUGCGCAUCGGCACCGGCCCUGCGUAAUCCACUCCAGUGUCCAGGAAGGGUCGUCCAGGAGUGACCCGGCUCGUCGGCAAGUUGCCUAUCAACGGUUGUGGAGAUGCCUCCCGCCAUCGCGUACAUGUGAUGCACUCGCGAAUGCGUUGCUUGACCACCAUUCUGCCGCGUGGUAUCCAGAACUGUUGCCUCAACAAUCCCAAGGUCAGCUGCACUCCCCCGUGGAGUGUUCAAUAAUGACAGGCAGUUACGCACAGGGUGGUGAAGUGUGAGUCAUGCGGAAGUAUCACCGGGUGCUUCUUAUUGAAGCUAAGAAGAGAAUGCUUCAGCCGACCGCCAACUCUGACCAUUCUAUCCGCAUCGAUGAAGGGCGUCAAUUUGCUGAGCGGACCCCGGACGCCGCCGGCUCUGUUUUCUCUCAGUAGCCUUAUCUCCGUGGGGUAGGCCUGUCCUUGAACAAUGGUGAUCCAUCGUGCUUGAGCCUCUCUGAUUUCCAACGUGGACAGCAGCUCUCCAUGCCGCCCACGAUCUGCCUUCAGCCAUCGGAGACACCACGCAGUGACCCUCAACAAUCGAUGCAAUGACGAGAAUCGUGUGAGCUUCUCCAUUUCAGCGUCUGUUCUUGCCUCGACAGCGUGAAUGGUUGUCCUGGCUUCCGGUGGUUCGUCCAUUGGCCGACACGUGGGCUCCGCUGUCCAGUUGAGGCUUGAUGUCGUCAGCCAGGAAGGACCCUGCCACCACAGUUCGUGCUUGAGAAGUUUUCCAGGAGUCAACCCCCUGGAAGCGCAAUCUGCUGGAUUCUCGACGCCCUUAACGUGAUGCCAUCGGGCCUCAGGUGCACGUCUUUUACUGGAACGCUCAGAAGUGCCCCGAAAUGAGAAGCUAGCCGGGUCAACAGCGUGGCCGCGCACAGCUCCAGUCGAGGCAAUGACACCUGCUUGAUAGGCGCGACCUUUGUCUUCGAUGCAAUCAAAGACGUCGAGACUCUUCCGUGGUCAUCCAGGCUGCGCAAAUAGAUCACAGCCGCGUAGGCCCUCUCGGAUGCGUCCACGAAGCCAUGGAUCUUAGUAAGGUCGGACACGGUUCGCAGCCCUCGAGACACUCUCACCCGCUCCAGUUGCGGCAGGCCUUCCUGAAGCUGCUGCCACGCCGCGGCGUCAGUUUCUUCAAGAGGUUGAUCCCAAUCAAGAUGGCGCAUGAUUCCAGCGUGUGACGCAGCGGUUGCGCUCUAUGUUCUGAGGGGACCCCCUGAAGAAGAUCCUCGCAAUUAGCCGCCUAUUUCCGCAAUGGGAAUCCGCCCGCCAUGCAUAGCUGAGUCAGUUUCCUGCGGAUGCUGAUGCCAUUCUCCAAAGAGUCCGCACCCGUCAGGACGUCAUCCACAUACGAGUCCUCCCUAAGGGCGGCUGCCCCCAAUGGGAAGCUCGAUCCCUCGUCUUCGGCCAAUUGUCGCAGUGUUCGCAUAGCGAGAGGAUGCGUUGCAAGUCUUGAUCCUCCGGAUGCACCAGGACUUGCCGGUACAUCUUCUCAAUGUCGGCCACCAUGACUUACUUGUGCCUUCUCCACCUGGUCAGGAUGUCGGAAAUCGCAGGUAGCAAGUUCGCGCCGACGCUCAAGUGGCGAUUGAGAGUGUCUCCAUUGGCUCCCGGUGACGAACCGUUGAAAACGACCCUCAACUUGGUCGUGGUGCUGGAGGCCUUGAGCACUUCGUGAUGCGGAAGAAAACAGCCUCGUUGACCCUCGACGAGCGGUUCAGCGGGUAUCAUGUGCCCGAGCGACUCAUACUCCCGCAUGAACCCCUGAUACUGCUCUUGCAACGUUGGAUCCCUUUGGAAGCGCUUCUCCAUGUGAUUCAGACACCGCAAGGCCACGCGGUGGGAGCUAGCAAAGUCUGGCAAGGAGCCAACCACGGGAAGACGCACCAGGUAUCGUCCGUCAGCGCCGCACUGAUGCGUACGCACGAAGAUUUCCUCACACUGUUGCUCCUCCCUAGACAGGAUCCUUGAUGGUUCGGGCAGCUCCUCCUGUUCCCAGAACCGUCUUACCACGGUGUUUAGAUCCUCGCCGACAGUGCACUGUAACGUCGUUGCGCUAUCACUGUUGCCGACAGCGCACACGACUCCCGACAAGAUCCAUUCGAAGGUGGUCUGCUGUGCCAACGGUUGGCUUGGAGCGCCCUUACGCAUCCCCUGUUUCAUGAUGGAUGCGUAUACGUCGGCCCCAAGGAGCAGCUCGAUCGGAUCGCCUUCUAAAAACGUAGAGUCAGCCAACCGGAUACCCUGAAGAUGCGGCCACGUAAUUGUCUCAGCAUCCACUCGUGACGCUCGCGCCGUUAGCUGCGGAAGAAUAAGCGCCUUCACUUCGAGCGAGAAGUUGCUCGUUCUGGAGCGCACGGUGAUCAUCACCUUACCCUUCGCCUUUCCAGUGCGCUGACCUCCAACUCCGUAGAUAGUGACGGCGAAAGGCAGGCGAGGAAGCCGCAAUCGUUGAGCUACCGCCUCUGUCACAAUGGAGACCUCCGAUGCAGGGUCAAUUAGGGCUCGGACAGCCUGAUGCUCGCCAUGGACGUCAUCCACAAGUGUCCGCGCAGUGGCAAGAAGCACUGCCUGGUUGGACGCCUUGGUGCUGUGAGAAAUAAUGAUAAAAAUUCGUAAAGAAGAUGAAUCGUUGGAUGCACCUAUACUCGCACAUCUUCGCUACUAUUGUUUGGAACACAAAUGCUACAUCGUUUUAGGUGGCUUAGGUGGUUUUGGUCUAGAAUUAAUUGAUUGGUUAAUUCAACAUGGUGCAAGAAAUCUAGUACUGACUUCGCGAACUGGGAUAAAAAAUGGUUAUCAGCGAUCAAAAGUAACGUUGUGGCAAUCUUGCGGUGUAAAUAUACAAAUCAUUAUAGCUAAUGAUUCUUCAAAAAACGAAGAUUGUACAUCUAUAUUAAAAUUUGCUGAAGAACAAGGUCCUGUAGAUGCUAUAUUUAAUCUCGCAGUUGUGUUAAAAAAUUGUGUAUUUAAACAUCAAAUGCCUCAAACAUUCGAAGAUUCUUUCGUGUCAAAGGCAUGGACAACAAAAAAAAUGGAUGAAUUAUCAAGAAAAAUUUGCCCUCAACUUCGACAUUUCGUCGUUUUCUCUUCUGUUUCAUGUGGAAAAGGUAAUGCAGGCCAAUCAAAUUACGGAAUGGCUAAUUCCGUAAUGGAAAGGAUUUGUGAAAGAAGAAUGAAAGAAGGUUUACAUAGUUUGGCUAUUCAAUGGGGCGCUAUUGGUGAUGUUGGGCUUGUCGCAGAUUUGCAAAAAGUUGACAAGAAAUUUGUUAUUGAGGGUACAUUGCAACAAGAAAUAUCCUCUUGCUUAAAUACAUUAGAAGUAUUUUUGCUACAAGAUCGGCCAAUCGUAAGUAGCAUGAUUGUUGCAGAGAAAAAGAAAGAUUCUGACCGAGCAACAAAUCCACUUGAAGCGGUUGCAAAAAAUAUGGGAUUGAAAGAUCUAAACAUAAUAGCGCCAAAUAUAUCGCUGGCUGAACUAGGAAUGGAUUCAAUGAUGGCAGUGGAAAUUCAACAGAUGUUGCAAAAAGAAUUCGAUAUUUUAUUGACAGCACAAGAUAUUCGAAAUCUCAAUUUUGCUAAACUUGGAAAACUGAUAAAUACAGUCGAGAAAGAAAAGACAUACAAUGGCACUGAAGCUGAUACUAAUAAUUUGAAUUUAAAAGCAGUGACGCGAAAACUUAAUGAUUCAGAUUUAAGUUCAGAUAUUUAUGUAGAACUCACUACAAAAAGAAAAAUUCCUGAAAGUGAAAUAUUUCUUAUACCAGGAAUCGAUGGCACUGCAAGCGUAUAUAAAUGUAUAGAAUCGAAAAUUAAAUUUCCAACGAUAUGCUUGCAACACACUGUACUGAAUAUGCCAGGUGUUACUCAUUCAAUAAUGGAAUCAGCUGCAUAUCUUCUGCCUCAUGUACUGAGAAAGAUGAAAAAUCAAAAAAAAUUUCUAAUUGUUGGUUAUUCAUUUGGAUCUUUAAUUGCCAUCGAAUUAGCAAGAUUAUUAGAAGCGAGGAAUUUUUCUGGACGUUUAAUACUUAUAGAUGGAGCUCCUAAUCUAAUAAAAAUUUUGAUUGAGAAAUUUUUUAAUAAUAGUUCGCAACAAGAACUACAAAAUGACGUUUUAUGUCGCUUGUUAGAAUUAUACAUUGAAUCUUCCAAUGAAAUGCUUGCAUUAGAGCUGAAUAAGUGCAAUGCAUGGGAGGAAAAGUUAGAAGUAUUUAUUCAGUUUUCGAAAGAGAUCAAUAUGUUAACUGCUAAAAAUAAAAAAAUAUUAUGCUCAACGAUUUACGAUCAUAUAAUUGCUAUACAAAAUUAUAAUAUAUCUACAUUACCACGCCUUAAAUCAUCUAUAAUAUUAUUAAAACCUACACUUGCGACUAUUACUUUUAUAGAAGAAGAUUAUGGUCUAUAUAAGGUUACGGAAAGUGCAGUACAAAUAUAUUACGUAGAAGGCACUCAUGAGACAAUAAUGAACAAUGAAAAAAUAGCAUCAUUUAUUAACGAAGCAUUGUAAAAUAAAAAGUACGAUAAUAAUUAUUAAAAUAAUUUUGCAAAAC